CCCUCCCCCCGCAGAGCGGCGGAGACAGGCAGCUGAGAACAUCCGCCGGAGGAGCGAGCGGGCAGAGACUGCGCGAAGAGUGUUGCCGGGUGCGCGGACAGCUCGCGAACACAGCGCUGAAAUGGGAGUGGAAAUCGAGACCAUAACCCCGGGCGACGGAAGGACUUUCCCCAAAAAAGGACAGACGUGCGUGGUGCAUUACGUGGGCUCCCUGACAGAUGGACGCAAGUUCGACUCCUCCCGAGACAGAGACAAGCCGUUCAGGUUCAAGAUCGGGAAGCAGGAAGUGAUCCGGGGCUGGGAGGAGGGUGUGGUGCAGAUGAGUGUGGGUCAACGAGCCAAACUGACUUGCUCUCCUGAAUAUGCUUAUGGAAUCAAAGGCCACCCCGGCAUCAUCCCCCCCAACGCCACCCUCGUCUUCGACGUAGAGCUGCUGGGUUUGGAAUGAAACGCGUCCACAGAUGUUGCUGUUGCUGUGUGACUUCAUACCUGGGUGACCUGGAGAGAGGCUGGGAGAGUCUGCACUCGAUUCUAUAAGAGGCUUGAAUCUAUAGUACCACUACUUAUUUAAUCAAACUAAGACUGUUUGUGUUAUUUUUGUUUCUGUGACUCAUGUUUUCUUUUAAAGCUACUGGCCAUAACCUGCAAAUCCCUGUUAUUUUCUUUGUUUCCUUUAAAGUGCUGGUUGUGCAUGGUAACACGGAGAAGUGCAAAAUACCAAUGAACCACUAACAGCAACCUUUUAACCAUCACAAGUUCAUUAAUACACCAGUAUUAUAAUGGUUUACGAGCUGGUGCUUGUUUUUUUUUCUACCAGUAGAAAAUGAAAUUAAAAGCACAGGUUUGCAGAGUUUAGUUUCUGGUAGAGGUGUAGUGUCUGAAUUAGUGGGUAGUUCUAGUGGUUUAGGUCAUGGGAGGCCUUAAUGGUGCCACGCGAGAACAGUGUUACCGAAUGUUUCUGCAUAGGGCCGCUGUGUUUUCAUUGUUAUUUAAUGUGCAACAGUCGGGCUCAUGAGCAUCAGUGGACGGAGAACCAAUCCUGUGCCGAAUAUUCUCUCCAGGCACAUAACUACUACCUGCGCUGUCUGCAUGAUCCAGGCCCGAUGGAAACCGUGGCGUCGAAAGCUUUGCAUCCGAUUUGUGUCCUAUCGCCUGAGCCGAGUGUUUAAACCCCAUUUAAAGCCAUAAAGCCGUCGAACAGCGCGGACACAAUUCUGCCAUGAGGAAUUGAUGAAUUGGAGAAAGAAAGCAAAUGCUUGAAAUUUAGGGGGUUGAGGAACCAAUGUAAUUGUGACCUCCCCCCAAACUUAUUUUGUGUAAAAACUGCCGUCUUUCUAUCUAUGAGACAUAACAAAGCUAAUGUAUGAUGUUGGAUCAUGUUUUUCUUUUUAUUAUUAUUUUUUUGUUUUGGCCAGUGCACGGCCUAGUGGUAGGGAAGAAAUACUGACAUGCAGGCACCCUAGUGGUUUUUGUAUCUCAAAGUAAUUGGUUUAAAUGGAGUUUAAAUGAAGGGAAAUGCCGGCCUGGCUGUCAGAUAUAGACGGUCUCUGUUGAUUUUACAUAUUGGCCAAGCUGCGACUGUUGUGGCAGCCGUCCCCCUCUGUACUGUGUAGUUAUGUGCUGAUACGUUACUGUAUGCAGGAUAAAUCAGUGUUUAAAAUAAACAAAGUGCUCUCCACA